AUGGAGGGCGACGACUUCACUCCGGAGGGCGGCAAGCUCCCCGAGUUCAAGCUAGAUGCGAGGCAAGCGCAGGGUUUCAUCUCCUUCUUCAAGAGGCUGCCGCAGGAUCCCCGGGCCGUUCGUCUCUUCGACCGCAGGGAUUAUUACACCGCCCAUGGCGAGAAUGCUACGUUUAUUGCAAGGACAUACUACCACACAAUGUCUGCCUUGCGUCAAUUAGGUAGCAGCUCAGAUGGAAUCUCAAGUGUUAGUGUGAGCAAGGCUAUGUUUGAGACCAUUGCCCGCAACAUUUUGUUGGAAAGGACUGACUGUACAUUAGAGCUCUAUGAGGGAAGUGGGUCAAAUUGGAGGUUAACAAAGUCUGGAACACCUGGAAAUAUUGGUAGUUUUGAAGACAUUCUGUUUGCAAACAAUGACAUGCAAGAUUCACCAGUCAUUGUUGCUUUGUUUCCAGUGUGCCGGGAAAGUCAGCUGUAUGUAGGGCUUAGUUUUUUGGAUAUGACCAAUAGGAAGCUUGGGUUAGCUGAGUUCCCCGAAGAUAGCCGAUUCACAAAUGUUGAAUCAGCUCUUGUCGCAUUAGGUUGCAAGGAGUGUCUUCUCCCAGAAGAUUGUGAAAAAUCCAUUGAUCUGAAUCCCCUUCGAGAGGCCAUUAGUAAUUGUAAUGUUCUGUUGACUGAGAAAAAGAAGGCUGACUUCAAAUCCAGGGAUCUUGCACAAGAUCUUGGUAGAAUAAUCAGGGGUUCUGUUGAGCCUGUACGUGAUCUGCUAUCUCAGUUUGACUAUGCUCUUGGUCCCCUUGGAGCACUUUUAUCUUAUGCUGAGUUGCUAGCAGAUGAUACUAACUAUGGAAAUUACACAAUUGAGAAGUACAAUUUGAACUGCUACAUGCGACUUGAUUCUGCUGCAGUGCGAGCAUUAAACAUUGCAGAAAGGAAAACUGAUGUAAACAAGAACUUCAGUUUGUUUGGUUUGAUGAACAGAACCUGUACUGUUGGGAUGGGAAAAAGAUUGCUUAACAGAUGGCUGAAACAACCUCUAUUAGAUGUUAAUGAAAUUAAUAACCGAUUAGACAUGGUUCAGGCUUUGGUAGAAGACCCAGAGCUUCGUCAGGGACUCAGGCAACAACUUAAAAGGAUAUCAGAUAUUGAUCGUCUAACACAUGCUCUCCGAAAGAAAUCAGCUACACUGCAGCCUGUUGUUAAGCUUUAUCAGUCCUGUAGCAGAAUCUCAUACAUCAAGAGCAUUCUUGAGCAAUAUAAUGGCCAAUUUUCCACAUUGAUAAGGUCAAAGUUUCUUGAACCAUUAGAAGAAUGGAUGACAGAGGAUCGAUUUGGUCGGUUUUCUUCUCUUGUUGAGACAGCUAUUGAUCUUGAUCAGCUGGAGAAUGGAGAGUACAGAAUAUCUCCUCUAUAUUCUUCUGACUUGGGUGUACUAAAGGAUGAGCUUUCUGUGGUUGAAAAUCACAUAAAUAAUCUGCACGUGGAUACAGCUAGUGAUCUAGAUCUUUCUGUUGAUAAGCAACUGAAGCUAGAAAAAGGACCUCUUGGACAUGUGUUCAGAAUGUCAAAGAAAGAGGAGCAGAAAGUCAGGAAGAAGCUCACUGGCAGCUACUUAAUCAUAGAAACUCGUAAAGAUGGUGUAAAGUUCACAAGUUCUAAGCUGAAAAAGCUAAGUGAUCAAUACCAGGCACUGUUUGGUGAGUACACAAGUUGUCAGAAAAAGGUGGUUGAUGAUGUAGUGAGGGUUUCAGGCUCCUACUCAGAGGAUGAAGGAGAUAUUGUUCUACUAGGUAGCAGACAUCCUUGUCUAGAGGCACAAGAUGGUGUUAACUUUAUACCCAAUGACUGCACUCUUGUGAGAGGGAAAAGUUGGUUUCAGAUCAUCACUGGGCCAAACAUGGGAGGAAAAUCCACAUUUAUAAGACAGGUUGGUGUAAAUGUCUUGAUGGCGCAAGUUGGUUCCUUUGUACCUUGUGAUCAAGCAAGUGUUAGUGUGAGGGAUUGUAUUUUUGCUCGUGUUGGUGCUGGUGAUUGCCAACUUCAUGGUGUAUCAACUUUUAUGCAAGAAAUGCUUGAAACAGCAUCCAUCCUAAAAGGUGCCUCUGAUAAGUCUCUUAUAAUUAUUGAUGAGCUGGGACGUGGAACUUCCACAUAUGAUGGAUUUGGUCUUGCAUGGGCUAUCUGUGAGCAUCUUAUGGAAGUGACUCGAGCGCCUACCUUGUUUGCCACCCAUUUCCAUGAAUUAACUGCAUUAGCACAUAAAAAUGAUGAUGAGCACCAACGCAUUUCAAAUAUCGGAAUUGCAAAUUAUCAUGUGGGUGCUCACAUAGACCCAUCAAGUCGGAAGUUAACUAUGCUUUACAAGGUUGAACCUGGUGCAUGCGACCAAAGCUUUGGUAUUCACGUUGCAGAAUUUGCUAAUUUUCCAGAAGCUGUUGUUGCCCUUGCAAAAAGCAAAGCAGCAGAGUUAGAAGACUUCUCUACUACACCUACCUUUUCUGAUGAUUCGAAAGACGAGGUUGGAUCAAAGCGCAAGAGGGUAUUUAGCCCAGAUGACGUCACCAGAGGAGCUGCUCGGGCUCGGCUUUACCUUGAGGAUCUCGCUGCAUUGCCUAUGGAUGAGAUGGAUAGGAGCAAGAUCGUGGAGAUGGUCACCAAAAUGAGAGAUGAUUUGCAGAAAGAUGCGGCUGACAAUCCUUGGCUUCAGCAGUUCUUCUGA